UCUGCCAUUCCGUUUUCUCUCAUCAAUCUCUCCCAUCCCAGCACCUCCUCUCCCCUUCCUCGCCUACGGUUUCGUCUUUCAAUUCUAUCCCCCCGCAUGAUGCCACAGUCUCUUCUCAUGCGGCUUCUCCUCCUCGCCGCAGCCGCAUCCGCGGCCACGGCGGCAGGUGACGGCUGCAGCACCGGCUGCAACCUCGCGCUGGGAUCCUACAACAUCGAGCCGAACCAGAACCUCUCCUACAUCUCGUCCCUCUUCGGCAUCGACGACUACCGCAAGCUCCAGCCGUACAACAACCCACGGUUCGGAAAUCUUGACUACAUCCAGGCCGGCCAGCGCCUCACCGUCUCCUUCCGCUGCCAAUGCCUAGCGCUCCCGACCUCGCCGUUCUCGACCUACCUCGCUGGCUCCUUCCCCUACAGGGUCUCACUAGGCGAGACCUACAGCAGCAUCGCCGCCCAGUUCAACAACCUCACCACCGCCGCAUGGCUGCAGGCCACCAACAGGUACCCGUCUAGCAACAUACCCGACGGCGGCAUAAUGAACGUUACAAUCAAUUGCUCCUGCGGAUACCCGGGGGUGCCACCGGAAUACAAGGUGUUCCUAACCUACCCUCUUCGUGACGGGGAGACGUUUGACUCCGUCGAGGAGAAAUACAGCUUCCCGGUGCAGUCGGAAAUGGACAGCAGUAUCGUCUAUAUCCCUCUUACAUGGUCUUCGGCCAUUGUUGCACCGCCGUCAGAUUCGCCGAGCACUGGUCCUUCGAGAAGCAAGACACUCAUAAUAGCUAGCGCCUCGAGCGUAUUUGGAGUAAGCAUAGUACUUAUUUCAUUAUUCCUGUGGUAUAAGAAAUAUUAUGGCUUGAUUCCCUGGCAAAGGGGGUCAAGUAAUGCAUCAAGGAUUGAAUCUUUCCUGCAAAAGCAAGGAACUUCACACCCAAAGAGGUACAGUUACUCAGAAGUAAGGAGAAUGACCACAUCUUUUGCUCAUAAGCUUGGCCAAGGCGGCUAUGGAGAUGUCUACAGAGGCAACCUGCCUGAUGGCCGUGAGAUAGCAGUCAAGAUGCUGAAGGGCACCGAGGGCGAUGGCGAGGAAUUUUUGAAUGAAGUGGCAAGCAUUAGCAGAACAUCUCAUGUCAACAUUGUCACUCUCUUAGGAUUUUGUCUUCAAGGUUCAAAGAGAGCUCUUCUCUAUGAGUAUAUGCCCAAUGGUUCGCUCGAGAGAUACACUUUUGGCAGCAAUUCUACUGAAGGAGAAGACACUUUAAGCUGGGAUAAACUGUUUGAUAUUGUCAUAGGAAUUGCACGAGGAUUGGAGUAUCUCCAUACAGGCUGCAACACCCGCAUUGUGCAUUUCGAUAUCAAACCUCAAAACAUUCUUCUGGAUCAGGAGUUCUGUCCAAAGAUAUCUGAUUUUGGAUUAGCGAAGUUGUGUCGACAAAAGGAAAGCAAAAUCUCCAUUGGCGGGAUGAGAGGUACGAUAGGCUACAUAGCGCCUGAAGUAUUUUCAAGAAACUAUGGUGCAGUGAGCAGCAAGUCUGAUGUCUACAGUUACGGAAUGGUGAUUCUUGAGAUGGUCGGGGCAAGGAAACAGAUCAAUGUUAGCACAGACAACAGCAGCAUGUAUUUUCCUCAGUGGUUGUACGACAACUUUGAUCAGUUCUGUGGUGCCACCGCCUGCGAGAUCAGCAGCGGCACCACGGAGCUCGUGAGGAAGAUGAUUAUAGUUGGCUUGUGGUGCAUACAAUUCAUACCUGCGGAUCGACCUUCCAUGAGCAAGGUCCUUGAGAUGUUGGAAAGCAACACCAUGGACUUGCAGUUGCCACCCAAGGCCUUUUGAGCCGGUUAAAUAGAGCAGCAGCAGCCGAACUUGUAAACUUUGCGCUCCUCUUUAUUACAUAUGGUAUAUUCUUUUA